GUUGGAGUUGCAGGUAAUAAAUUGACAUUGACUUCCAUCUAAGAUUUUAAAUCAAUACAGCCACUCCUUCUUUUACCACCCACGCAUUUAUACUGUCUAGCCUCGCCCCAUUAUUAAAUUUGAAAUAAUGUCCACCAACUCGCAGGUGCAGGCUCAACUGAGAAAUGAAGUCCUCAUAUUGCAGGGAGCUCUCAAAGACCUCCAUGGUCAGCUAAAAAUACCACCAGAUAAAUUAUCAGUACCAUUCUGGCGCUAUCCCGAGAAGAAGGCCACUGAUGUUGCAUUCUCAUUCUCUGCCAAAGACAUUGAUGAUGAUCAGUUGCUUCUGGAGCUGCUAGCGGACAGGUUAGCCUUUCUCCUGCAGUCGUGCGUAUUUGAAAUUGAAGUAACUAAUAAACACUGCAAGCAGUCACCGCAGCACAAAACUGGCUCAUUCUCUUCUCCUUCUCUCCCACUUUCUUUCUCCUCAACGCUCAAGAGGUUUGUUCGUGGCUUCGUUCAACUCAUUAAAAAAUUCAAAGAUCUUGACAAUGAUGUAGAUUCUAUGAAAGGAGAAGUGUCACAACUACAGCAGAAGUUGCUGCAGUAUCAUGAUCUGGUUACAAAUGAGCUAGGACCCAGUGCAGCAGAGGCUCUUGAUAGUGCUUUGAAUACUGGAACACAGGGAGCAUCCAGUCUUGGUAUUUCUGAAACAAGGACAGUUAGUACUCAAACUACCCAGACUUCACUAGUAGCUCCACCAGUUGUUGACUACAUGGCUAAGAGUGAGCCUUGCUCAAAGUGUCCCAUGUAUCUAGAGCAAUUGGACAAACUUGCUAAAAGAGUGAGUAAUCUGAGGCUCAAAGUACAAAGAAAGCAAGACAAAAAAGCUGAAAGUGUGGGAGGUUAUGACAAGGCAGUUGUAGAUGCAAACAUUGCUGCUAUUAAAGAUUGCUUUGUAAGGUAUGCAUCAUUCUUGUAUAGAGUAAAAAAGUGGAUUAAAAAUAUUACACUAGUUUGUCAAAAGGUCAAAUUGCCAAUGCUUUUGAUUAAAACUUGGGCGGCUAGUGUAAUACUGGCUUAAGACACAAACUAUAGUAUUGCAUCACUUUACAGUGUAAUUUUGGGGGCAAAAGUAACAUUGAAAAUUGUACUUUAAGAGCACUUUAACUUUUUCUGUGUUGAAACAUUAAAUAUUAUUUUUAUAAACUCAAGCUGGCUCUCUCAUCCAUUCUAACUUUUAAACCACCAUGAGUUUAACUGAAAGACUUUCCUCUUCUAAGUACUGAUGAUUUUUUAACCUGUC